CUGGCUGCUUACGCCCCGCCUCUGGUGGCAGCCUUAAACCUGGCGCCUAGCUAAAACAAACGAAAGAAAGCCCCGAGCCUCCACUCAAUCCAAUUAAGGCGGACUUCAGCCACUCUCUUACGUGUUCAUCCAACAAGAUCGACGCUGAGACAGCAGUAACAGGGCUUUGUCAAAAAAAAAGAUUGCCUUGCCUUCUAAUUUUUCCCCCUCCAGCCACAGAACAAUGUCGAUGAGUCCCAAGCAUACGACUCCUUUCUCUGUUUCCGAUAUCUUGAGUCCCCUUGAGGAGAGCUACAAGAAAGUAAGUAUGGAGGGCAACAAUUUAGGGGCUCCCCUGACAGCUUACCGGCAACCGCAGGUCUCUCAGGCGGCUAUGCAGCAACACCACAUGGGGCACAACGGGACUGUGCCCGCUACCUACCACAUGGCUGCCGCGGGGGUGCCCCAGCUUUCUCACACUGCCAUGGGGGGCUACUGCAACGGCAACUUGGGCAACAUGAGCGAGCUUCCGCCUUACCAGGAGACCAUGAGAAACAGCACCUCGGCCACCGGGUGGUACGGAGCCAAUCCGGAUCCGCGCUUUUCUACAAUUUCUCGCUUCAUGGGGUCAUCUUCCGGAAUGAAUAUGAGUGGCAUGGGCAGCCUGGGUUCUUUGGCAGACGUCGGCAAGAGCAUGGGCCCACUGCAGAGCACUCCGAGGAGAAAGCGGAGGGUGCUGUUUUCUCAAGCCCAGGUUUACGAGCUAGAGAGACGGUUCAAGCAACAGAAAUACCUCUCGGCCCCAGAAAGAGAACACUUGGCCAGCAUGAUCCACCUCACGCCGACUCAGGUCAAAAUCUGGUUCCAGAAUCACCGGUACAAGAUGAAACGACAAGCCAAAGAUAAGGUGAGCCAACAACAGAUGCAACAAGACUCCAGCUCGUGCCAGCAGCAGCAGCAGUCUCCCAGAAGAGUAGCUGUGCCAGUGUUAGUCAAGGACGGCAAGCCCUGCCAGGGAGGCACAAAUACACCGACCACUGCCAUCCAGAGUCAUCAUCAGCAAGGGAGUAACGUUAUGACGGUUUCCACUAGCACCACGGCGAUGGGACAGCAUCAGAGCCAACAAGCAGGCAGCGCCGGCCAUUCUCCAGAUUUAGUUCAACAUUCCGCCAGCCCCUCGUCUCUUCAGAGCCAGGUGUCCGGUUUGUCUCACCUAAACUCUGCUAGUUCUGAAUAUGGCACCGCUAUGCCUUGCUCCGCUCUGUUGUACGGCAGGACCUGGUGACAUAACCCCGCCGCAGACUGUUGUGUAAACUCGGACAGCCAUUGCUGCAGUUCCAAAGUCUUUUAAAAAAAGUAAAUCCUAUUUACUUUCAGUUGGAUUUGCAGACGACUAACUGGGUUAAAAAAGGGGGUAACGAGUCAAUCAGCAAACUAGAAAGUCCCGUGGAGGUGGGAAGUAUUCACAUCGCGUUGAAUAGGGAAAAGCAAUCCCAUAUUCUUUUAUACCAGUUUUAACUAUUAGAGCCAACGUGGCCGAGGAAGAUGUCAUUUAAAUACAAUUUUGUGUUGGGGAAAUAACGAGCGAGUCCAUUCCUAAAUCAGACGCGUCCUUUGUGUGGGCUAUCAAAGACUUUUAUAGGGGUAAUAUAACGUGGCUCCGAUUUCUAAUAGAUUUUAAUGUAAAACGUAGCUGUAUAUUUCUGUAAAAGGUUUGGAUUGGAUACAUAGUUUUUAGUAAACUGUAUAUUAUGUUGUAUAAAGUUUUUAUCGCCAUUGGAAGGUUGCUUGUAUUAUAUUUGAGUUUAACUGUUAUUUGACCGCGUACGUUUUAUUUUCUUGUAACUUAUAUAGAUAUUUGGC